AUGUCGUGUCGCUCCCAAAGCGACGCUUACAAGUCAGUGUUGACAGACCGUUUCACCGAUACCACGGAGUCAAAGCUUCUUGACAUCCGAAAUCUUGAAGUUUUCAAGCACCAACCACUCCAAGACCCCAGUACAGAACUCCGGUAUCUAUACCUACUCCCAAGAACGCACAACAUCGAUAUCGACGGACAAACAGUAGUUUGCUGCGAGCUUGUUUCCAAUGCUGACGAGCAAGGACCUUCUUAUGUUGGCUUGUCAUACGCUUGGGGUGAUGCUCAGAUUCGUCGUCCCAUACUAGUUGGCAAUAAAGUCUUUCAUGCUACUGAGAACCUUGCUGUGGCUUUGGAACAUCUACAAGAAAAGGACAAGACUAUCACCUUCUGGAGAGAUGCUAUCUGUAUCGACCAGAGUAACUCGAACGAGAAGAGCGUACAGGUACAAAGGAUGGGUAAUAUCUUUGCAUCUGCCGUUGUGGUUCUUGUAUGGAUUGGUCCUGCAGCAGACGACAGCGAUUUAGCUCUGCAAAAGUUGGAGAGAUUUGACGAAGACUGCUCAUCAUGUGGAUGGCUGUCAUACGAACAUGGUGAACUAUUUGCAGCUCUACCGUUUGCAUCAAUCAAAUCUCUUCUUGCUCGCCCAUGGUUCAAGCGUGUGUGGGUCGGGCAAGAAGCAGCUUUGAACGAACGAGUUAUAUUCGCCUGCGGUCAGCAUGAUACUCAUCGAAGGCAGCUAUUUGAUUCCCUCAAGGUGUAUUGGGCAAGUUCGAUGGAAUUGAGAGGCGAUAGUUUGCCCCUAAGUUUCUAUCGAUUUGAGCAUACAAAACCCCUUCCUUUCCACGACGUUCUCAACCAUUUUGACGCCAGCAUAUCCUUCGCAGUUGGUAGCGAGCUGGAGUCUUCAGAUCCAAGAGACUUUGUCUAUAGUGCAUUUGGGCGGAUCAACGAUAUUGAAGAGUGUGGACUUCGCGUUGAUUACACUAGGUCAGUUGAGGAAGUAUACACGGACUUUACUGAAGCUAUUAUACGCGCUGAAAGGAUCGACUUGCUCGAAGAUGUUUUGCGUCCGUCUUCAACUUACAGAAACCUCCCGUCGUGGGUUCCCGAUUGGUCCGAGACAUCCAUGUGUGGUAUUCCUGAAAAUUCUUUGUUAUUAAAAUAUGAUAUCGCAGAGAUCUGUGAGAUUGAAAGAGGUGGCAAAGCUUUGAGAAUUUCUGCUCAACGUAGUGCUCGGGUUAGUUGUAUUGAGAACGGCUUGCAGCUUCAGCAAGGCGUUCUUGGUCUCAAUCUGUCAGAGUCAGCUUCCAUCAAUCCACAAGAGGAGGAAGAAGUUAUGUCUUUCUUAAACAUGAUUCAAGGAGCUCUUGGUCGCAAAAACCGAUGGUGCUCUGAAGAAGUGGACAAAACACUUUGCAACUUGUCGACUAGUAUGUCAUUUUCUGGAUACAUAAUCAGAGACAACGAACAACUGCUCAACAACCUGUACAUCUCAUACCAGGUCUUUGGAGGUCUCGUAACUCCUCCUGACGAUAUUCCGGACCCCCAAUCAUGGCGAAAAGACGCGAGCUAUGCUUAUCUCAACAGUCUUCGGAGUUCGAACAUCAAGAACUUCUUUAUGACAUCCCAAGAUAUCGUUGGUGUAAGUCGGGAUGACGUGCAACCUGGUGAUUGGGUGUGCGUACUCGGAGGUAUGCAAGGGGUAUGGGUCCUCCGUGAGACAGUGGACGGUCAUUAUCGCAUCGUUAGUGUCGCCGAAGGCUUUCCUUGGGAAGAUAUCAAGAACAAUGACGCGCCAGUCGAAGUUCUUACUAUAGUUUGA